UGGGAAUUCCGUAGUUGACCUUGAGCCUUGUGCUGUUCCAAGCCUGGAGCCAAUUUGAUAAAAUUACGAAUGAAAGUUGGUAUUUCCCGCCACUGAGGUUCGCGAACAUAACAAACGGCGGACUUAUGAAUGACUUGCAGGGUCUAUAUGGGUGAUCGAUAAUGUAGGUCACUGAGCUUUCUAGCUACCUAGCAGGUGGUGCUACCUAUUGAAAAAUUGUUGUAAUACUACGCCCCUUACGUGUGAAAGCUAUGAGCUGUCAUUUGCCAGCUAAUGUUUUGUCAUUUGUUUGUGUAUGGUAACGAUAUAUUUGACACAUAUUUCCCGUUUUCCUGGAAAGUUUGAAUGCCGCACCUUUUUGUUUGUAACGUAACAUUAUCUAGUUUUAGGUAAAAACAUGUAGUGCUUUGAAAUCAACCUAAGGAAGAAAUACGUUAUAUUUAGAAAAUAGGUUUGAGGGGUAGCUUAAUCAAAGGUGGUUUAAACUUGAUCAGAAACGAUGGCUGCAAACGAUAGGGUUUCUCUAAAUGAUGCUCUAUCCAAUGUUGAGGUACUAGAUGAGCUUCCUCUACCAGAUGAACAACCCUGCAUUGAAGCACAACCCUGCUCAGUGGUAUAUCAAGCCAAUUUUGAUACAAAUUUUGAGGAUCGAAAUGGGUUCGUUACUGGUAUUGCAAAAUAUAUUGAGGAAGCUACAGUACAUGCCAGUUUGAAUGAGCUUUUAGAUGAAGGUCAAGAACAUGCAGUAAUGUUGUAUACUUGGAGAUGUUGCUCUAGGGCUAUACCUCAACCAAAGUCAAAUGAGCAGCCAAAUAGAGUAGAAAUUUAUGAGAAGACUGUAGAAGUGCUAGCACCUGAAGUUAACAAGCUACUGAAUUUUAUGUAUUUUCAGAGAAAGGCCAUUGAGAGAUUUUCUCAGGAAGUAAAGAGGUUGUGUCAUACUGAAAAAAGAAAAGACUUUGUUUCAGAGGCAUACCUUCUAACAUUAGGAAAGUUUAUCAACAUGUUUGCAGUUUUGGAUGAAUUGAAAAACAUGAAAUCCAGUGUGAAAAAUGACUACUCAACUUACAGGAGAGCUGCUCAGUUUCUGAAAGUUAUGUCUGACUCACAAACACUUCAGGAAUCACAAAAUCUGUCUAUGUUCCUUGCUACUCAAAACAAGAUAAGAGAUACAGUAAAAGAAAAUUUAGAAAAGAUCACCGGUUAUGAGGAAUUACUGGCAGAUGUAGUAAAUAUUUGUGUCCAUAUGUUUGAAACUAAAAUGUACUUGACUCCUAGUGAGAAACAUAUGCUGGUUAAAGUGAUGGGUUUUGGACUUUUUCUUAUGGACAGUGAACUGUGCAAUAUCAACAAAUUGGAUACAAAGAAAAAACUAAAGUUAGAUAAAGUGGACAGAAUAUUUAAGAACUUGGAAGUUGUCCCAUUGUUUGGAGACAUGCAGAUAGCUCCAUUCAACUAUAUAAAGCGUAGCAAGCAUUUUGAUGCUAGCAAAUGGCCUCUGUCAAGUAGUACAACUCCCUCACCACAAGCAGAUUUAAUGGUUCAUCUACCUCAAAUCCGAGAAGAUCACGUAAAAUACAUUAGCGAACUGUCACGAUAUAGCAAUGAAGUCACAACAACAUAUAAAGAAUGCGGAAGUGACGCUGAAAACAAGGAAACGGCUGAGUUGGCGCUCAGAGGCCUACAAUUACUUUCUGAGUGGACCAGUGUUGUUACAGAACUGUAUUCUUGGAAGCUGUUACAUCCAACAGAUCACCAUCAGAACAAAGAAUGUCCUAAAGAAGCUGAAGAGUAUGAAAGAGCUACAAGGUAUAACUAUAGUGAAGAAGAGAAAUUUGCUUUGAUAGAAGUGAUAGCUAUGAUAAAAGGACUUCAAGUUCUAAUGGCUAGAAUGGAAACGGUUUUUACUGAUGCAAUUCGCAGGAAUAUAUAUGCAGAAUUACAAGAUUUUGUACAAAUAUCAUUGAGAGAACCCCUCAGAAAAGCAAUAAAGAAUAAGAAGGAUCUGAUCAGGAGUAUAAUAAUGUCAGUAAGAGAGACUUGUGCAGAUUGGCCGAGACAAUUUGAUCCUGUCCAAGAUCCUGUUUUGAAAGGCAAAAAGGAUCCUGAUACUGGGUUCAAUAUAAAAGUACCUAGACGAAAUGUGGGUCCAUCUUCAACACAAUUGUACAUGGUUCGCACCAUGUUGGAAUCAUUGAUAGCUGAUAAAUCUGGUGGUAAACGAACAUUGCGAAAAGACAUUGAUGGACAGUACUUGAUGCAAAUUGAUCAAUUCCACAAAACAUCUUUUUAUUGGAAUUAUCUACUCAGCUUUAGUGAAUAUCUACAAAAAUGUUGUGAUUUAUCUCAACUGUGGUACAGAGAGUUUUACUUGGAAAUGACUAUGGGCAGAAGAAUUAAUAAAUGUACUGUUAGGCAUCACCAUAAUGAGGAGUGCAAUGAUUUGAUCACUAUGGAAAAGAGGAUACAAUUCCCAAUCGACAUGUCAAUGCCAUGGAUUUUGACAGAUCACAUUCUAAAAACGAAAGAACCAUCAAUGAUGGAGUAUGUUUUGUAUCCGUUGGACUUGUACAACGACAGUGCGCUAUACGCCUUGACAAUAUUUCGAAAACAGUUUUUAUACGACGAAGUUGAGGCCGAAGUAAAUUUGUGUUUUGACCAAUUCGUCUAUAAACUGAGUGAACAAAUCUUCGCGUAUUAUAAGCAACUGGCAGCAAGUAUCUUCUUAGACAAAAGAUUUCGCGUAGAAUGUGCCGCCAUCGGAGCAUAUUUGCUGCCUUAUCCACGGGCAAAUCGGUACGAAACUCUCCUCAAACAGAGACAUGUGCAAUUACUCGGAAGAUCAAUUGAUCUGAAUAAGUUGAUCACUCAGAGAAUUAAUACGGAUAUGCAGAAAUCUUUGGACUUUGCCAUCAGCAAAUUUGAAGCUGGCGACAUCACUGGGGUUAUUGAACUUGACGGACUUCUACAGGUGAACCGCUUAUGCCACAAAUUGUUAAGUAGAUGGUUAGCCUUAGACGACUUCGACUCAAUGUUCAGAGAGGCAAACCAUAACGUUUUAGCUCCAUAUGGAAGGAUAACAUUGCACGUAUUUUGGGAGUUGAACUACGACUUUUUGCCAAACUAUGUAUACAACGCAGCUACAAAUAGAUUCACGAAGUAUAGAGGUAUCGCAUUCAGCGCCCCUGUAACUAGAGAUAGGCCUCCUCAGAUGUCACAUUGUUAUCUUUGGGGUACCAAGCAACUAAAUUUAGCGUACACUACACAAUAUGGACAAUACUCAGGUUUUGUGGGCCCACAGCAUUUCCACACAAUGUGUAAGUUGCUGGGGUAUCAGGGGAUAGCAGUUGUAAUGGAGGAGCUUCUAAAAAUUGUGAAAAGCUUGAUACAGGGCAGUCUGUUGCAAUUUACUAAAACGCUGAUGGAGGCGAUGCCAAAAAUUUGUAAAUUGCCUAGAUACGAUUACGGAUCGCCUGGUGUUUUAGGAUAUUAUCAUGCACAGUUGAAUGAUAUUGUACAAUAUCCUGAUGCCAGAACAGAGCUCUUCCAUAAUUUUAGAGAAUUUGGUAACAUCAUUUUGUUUUGCCUACUUAUGGAACAGGCUCUAUCCCAAGAAGAAGUAUGCGAUCUUCUACAGGCCGCACCAUUCCAAAAUAUUCUUCCAAGACCGUAUUGCAAAGAGGGCGAAAAAUUGGAGGCAAAGCAAAAAAGACUUGAGGCCAAAUACGCAGCGCUUCAAAUCGUUCCAAAUAUCGAGAAGUUAGGGACAGCAAAACAGGCGAUGAUAUCCAGGGAAGGAGACCUGUUAACAAGGGAAAGAUUAUGUUGUGGUUUAUCAAUAUUCGAAGUGGUAUUGAAUCGGCUGAGAAGUUUCCUGGAUGAUCCUGUAUGGGUUGGGCCACCUCCCACUAAUGGUGUUAUCAAUGUCGAUGAAUGCACCGAGUUCCAUCGACUUUGGUCGGCCUUACAAUUUGUUUAUUGCAUUCCUGUUAGUGAAAAUGAAUAUACUGUUGAAGAAAUGUUUGGUGAAGGCUUGCACUGGGCAGGUUGCACAAUGAUAGUUCUGCUAGGGCAACAGAAACGAUUUGAGGCAUUGGACUUUUGCUACCACAUUCUCAGAGUACAAAGAGUAGACAUGAAAGACGAAGUUGUAAAAGGAAUUAAUCUGAAGAGGAUGGUGGACAGAAUAAGAAGAUUCCAAGUAUUGAAUUCUCAAAUAUUCGCAAUUUUGAAUAAGUUUUUGAAGUCGAGUGAAAAUGACGAAUUAUCCGUUGAGCAUGUCAGAUGUUUUCCCCCGCCUAUUCAUCCUUCGUUGAAUCCUCAACAGCACUAUCAUGCUCCAGAGCAUUUACGUCAAUGUUAAUCUUCCUAUAUUAAAUAAAGUGCUGGAUUCAUUUUCAUACACAAUUAAUUUCCAUUUGGACCUACAUAUUUUGUAAUCAUUCAUACAUGUACAUCAACAAUUAUGAACGUCUUUGUAAAUAAUUUUUUAUUUUAAAUAAAAUUUAUAUAGUAGAA